AUGGCUCCAGCCGAACCACACGCGCUUCCCUUCCGAACGAAAACCAAUCUUCCUCACUUUGCGGAAGAGAGAGAAGGAUGGAAGGGCUAUAUCGAGUGGGAGAAAUACCCCGAGAAGAAGGAGCAAGCGCAGAAGAUCCUAGCGGAAUAUGAUUUUCCGGACCCUCCAGAAUUUCAACUUGUCCCGCUGCCGGACACCAACCCAAUUCUCACCGGCGAGCGAUUUAAGCAGUACCACUACGCAUGCGGCCUUGACUAUAUCCCUCGAAUCAGCUGGGAAUAUGUCCAGAAAGAGAAGGCCAAGGACAUGAUCCAUGUCUUGCAGUUUCCAUAUAACGGCGAACCGGUCAGAGAUCGCCUCGUCGAGACUGAAAUCACUGACAAUAAGGACCACUUUGUCCGUAAUCAUGGCGGUGUACCCGAGAUUGAUCCUGAAAAGUUCACUCUCGACAUUGGUGGUCUCGUCAACAACCCCCGAAUCCUCACGCUAGCGGAUCUUCAGAACGAAGCGCUAUUCUCUCGUCAGAGCAACGUUGUGUCACUGCAGUGCUCUGGAACCCGCCGCAUUGAGCAAAUACACGAGUACCCGGGCGAUGGCGACGAGCUCAUCAACGCUCCUUGGGGAGAGGGUGCUAUCGGCACGGCGCGUUGGACUGGAGUCAGUUUGAAAAAGGUCAUAAAAUACUGCGGCGGCCUUCAGGACGGCGUGACAGACAUUGAGCUCCGCGGCGCGGACACUUACUUCAAGAAGGGCAAAGUGAUGAACUACCUCGUCAGUGUGCCCUGGCGCAAGGUCAAAGCGCACGAAGUCUUGCUUGCAUGGGAGAUGAACGGGGAGCCUUUGCCCAAGAUCCAUGGUUUCCCACUUCGCGCAGUCGUCUUUGGCUACAUCGGUGCUCGCAGCGCCAAAUGGCUGUACCAAGUUCGCGCGAUACGCGGCCCUAGUCCUGGACCAGUACAGAUGAAGGAAUACCUGUACUACACGCCCCAAAUCGGCAAGCAGAACGCCAAGUUCAGCAACGGCUUCUCCAUUCAGGAUAUGCCAGUGAGCUCCGCCAUCAUGAGCCCCCGCGAUAAGGACCAAAUCAUCCAUGAUGGCAAGGUCAAGCUCCGCGGCUGGGCCUACUCUGGCGGCGGCCACUGGCCUGUGCGAGUUGAGGUCAGCGGUGAUGGCGGGUCAGUCUGGUACGAAGUACCUUGGCAGAAGAUGAGCACAAAGUACUUCUGGGCCUGGCGACUCUGGGAAAUUGAUCUGCCCGUAGAUGCUGAGGGCUGGCUGGAAUUUUGCGUGCGAACGUGGGACAAUGCCAUGAAUACACAGCCCACCUACGUGAGGAGUGCAUGGAACUGGGGUUUGCACGUUACGUCGUCUGCUCACAGAAUCAAAGUCUACAGCAUUAACAAGAGCAAGCCUGAUACGGCUGCACGGCUGAAGCAACUUGAAGAGAAUGAGACACCCAUGUUGCCGAUAACGCACCCCAUAGAGAUUGACCUCGAAUCUGACGAAGAGUACCACGCAGCUAUGAUCGCACAAGGGGGGCGCGAUCCAUUGGAGUGA